AUGGCAUGGAACGAUCAAGACGUGGAACAAGCCUGCAAAAGGAUACGCCUGCAAUCACCGGAGCCAGACGUGGCUUCUGACGAUUUCGAAGACUUUCUCUUGUCAGACACCGAAUUGUUUUCUCAGCUUGCGGGCGACAACGGUUCCCCAGCCAGCGUUUCAGAACCUACGGCACAAAAGAAAGACGGAACGAGGCUUGCUUUCGUAGGCGACGCACUGGUCGCAGACACUGUUCGCCAUGUCUGCCUCGGAACGAUAAUCUUGGAGGCCACAUCGUCCUUCUUCAAGGACCGACAAGACUCCGAAACCCCAGUCACCCUGCGAGAGUGUGGGGGUAUCAUCAAGUUGAGUACGGCAGACACGGGUGCAUACGCGGGCAUCCUCAAGGCCUCGUUUCCAUCGGACUUGCUACACCACCCUUCGGUAAAGCUCAUCGCCCUGUUGACAGCCCCAGCAUCGCUUCGAGUCAUAAUAUCCAGCCAGAUGGAAGAAGCAGCCCAGAUUGGAGCUCUAUUAUCUAAUAACGACCUUUUCCUUCAACAUCCAUCACCUCGUGAUAUCGAAUACUUUGAGCUGGAGAUGGAAUACUUUAACCCCCAGUUUCUUGUUACUCCAGGAUCUUGUAUGCCACAAUUGGAAGACCUUGCCAUCGAAUACAACGACAGUACAUCUAACGCUUCUCUGGCGUUAGACGAGCAGAAGAAAGGCCAGCUCAUUGUUAUUUUUGAUACAGCGGCUGACCUUUCCAUCCGACCCACAACUGAACCAAGUCCGCGUCUACAGACUCAUCUGAAAGACUAUCAGCUCAAAGCUCUAACUGUGAUGAGCGAGAAGGAGUGCGCAAACCUUGAAAAUCCUCAAUGUCCUUCGCUAUGGGCUGUUGCACGCGAUGCAUCCACUCGCGGACACAGACAGACUCUCGCCAAGCAGUUCCGGAACAAUGACAUUGUCUUGACAACGUAUCAGACCCUGAGGUCUGAAUGGACUAACAAGGGUCCAUUGUUUACAAAGAAAUGGUUCCGUGUCGUUCUAGAUGAAGCCCAUCGUAUCGGAAACAGGUCUACUCAAGUCUUCCAGGCCGCAUGUGAGCUCCAGUCAUCGAGACGCUGGUGCCUCACGGGAACUCCUAUCGUCAAUUCUAUCGACAACUACGGAGCACUACUUGCCUUUAUCAAGAUGGAACCUCUUGACACAAAGGCCACUUUUGAUCAUUGGAUAUCUACUCAGAUACGAGAUAACCUGCAAGAAGGCAUUCGAAAACUCCGGAUCCUAGUUGAAGCAACGUGUCUCCGUCGGACGAAAUGUAGUAUUUCGCAGGCACUCCCUCCUCCGACAGUCCGCGAAGAAAAGGUUGACCUAAGUCCAUAUGACCGCUCACUUUACGACUUCUUCGAAUCUGAAGCUGCCAAAAAUGCUGCCGACUCUUCUCAAAGUUAUCCUGCCAACCAUUUAAAGACGGGAAAGGAAAAAAAGAAUGUGCUGUCUAUGAUCCACAAUCUUCGCCGCAUUUGCGAUCACGGAGAGGAUCUGUUGCCUGCUUCGGACAUUGAAGCAACAAGCGAACAACUUAGCAAGAUCAGCGGCUGCACCGGUGAAGAGGUACUCAUAUCGAACAAAAACAUGCAAAGGUCGCUAAUGAUGAUCAGCGUCGUUUUUAGUUACUGGACUAAGAUGCUCGAUCUUGUCCAGCAUGCUCUCCUACAAGCUGGCUUCCUAUGCGAGAGAAUUGAUGGCCAGUACUCCAUCAAGCAAAGAGAGAAUGCGCUGACUAAAUUCGCAAUUGACCCUUGCUGUACUGUAAUGCUUGCCACCUUUGGGAGUGGUGGAGAAGGCAUUGAUCUAACUUCAGCUAAUUGCGUGCAUCUCCUGGAGCCUCAUUGGAACCCUAUGGCAGAAGAGCAGGCGAUUGCACGUGUUCAUCGAAUAGGGCAGCAGCGGCAAGUCACUGUUACCAAAUACAUUACUCCUGACUCGAUCGAGGAGUAUGUUCAAAGCAUUCAAGACAAGAAAAUCCAGCUAAUUCAGGAUACCUGGUCUACCAACGAUGACUCUAUGGGUAAUAGCAUUAAUCAUCAGGCUUCAAGGAAGCUUGAGCAAUGGCUCGCCCAGAGAAGUAAGAUUUAA